AUGUUCAAGCUGGUGGUGUUGUCCUCCCUGUUGGCCCUGGCUGCGGCCUCGCCUAGUGGUUUCGGAGCCUUAGGGCUCGGAUUGGGUGGUCUUGGCUGGGCUGGUUUGGCGUCUCCUCUGGCAGCACCUAUCGCCGCGCCUUGGGCGCCUGCUGUUGCCGCUCAUGGCGUAGCGGUGGCGCCCGCUAUUGCGGCCGCGCCAGUGCUCGGACACGCAUACAACUACAGGGGACCUCUGUCGCUGGCUCCCGGACAGCCCGCCAACAUCCUUGCUGCUGACGGCAGGCCGCUUGACACCCUCAGCGUGAACUUGGAUCGUGCCGCGCACCUCACCGCCCGCGCCGUGAGCGGCGGUCAUCUGCUGAGGAAGAGGUCCGCCCCCAUCCUGGCUCCCGCCGCUGCGUGGUCGCACUCCGCCCGCAUUGACAUUCCCUCGCGGUUGAUCGCCUCGGCGCUGCCCGCUGUCGCCGCCGUUGGUUGGCCCGGCGCCCGCGCUGCUUGGGGUGCACCUGUGGCUGCUCCCUGGGGUGUUGGACCUCUGGGCCCCGCUGGGGUUAUCGGUCACCUUGGUUAA